AAGUAUAAAAAGAUGGCAUCCCGAAUUCGUGGACGUGUGUGUGUACGUAUACAACGAACUGAGCUGGAUAUGAACGGAUUAUUACUUCAUUUAUCCUAUCCAUUGCUGGUUGAAGUUGAACUCUCACUGACAGAGACUCGUCCGUCUCAGGCGCAAAUGGCCCUUCUCAACAUCUCCCUCUGUUCAAAACUCCCUCCAAAUCCACCCCUCUCUCUCCUCCACAAGCCUCAUCCCUCCUCUUCUCUCUCUCUCCACAAACCUUCUCCAAACCUCUUCUCUCCUAUCGCCCAAUCCGUCGCAAAGGUGGGCUUUGUCGCUCUUCUCUCUUCUUCCCUCUUCUUCGUCCAUCCCGCGCUCGCAUUCAAGGGCGGAGGUCCCUACGGUGCUGAAGUAACGAGGGGCCAGGAUCUCACUGGAAAAGAUUUUAGCGGCAAGAGCUUGAUCAAGCAAGACUUCAAAACGUCAAUAUUGAGACAAGCCAAUUUCAAAGGUGCCAAGUUACUAGGAGCUAGCUUCUUCGAUGCUGAUUUAACAGGGGCUGAUCUUUCUGAAGCUGAUCUCAGAGGUGCGGACUUUUCCUUGGCUAGUGUGACAAAGGCAAACCUGAGUAAUGCUAACUUGGAAGGAGCAACGCUAACUGGAAACACAUCUUUCAAGGGUUCAAAAAUAACUGGUGCAGACUUCACAGAUGUGCCUCUGAGAGAUGAUCAACGAGAAUACCUUUGCACAAUUGCGGAUGGGGUGAAUCCAACAACUGGUAAUGCAACACGAGACACAUUACUUUGCAACUAGUACAAUCCCAAAGCAUAUCGCUUAAGUGUAAAUGAAGGGAGUGGGAUCAUUGUUUCUGUAGAGCUGUAGAUAUUCAUAAUUUGGCAAUAAUUUCACGGAAAGACUAUAUGAGAUGUAUGAAGACUCAUAGCCAUUUUUAAAAGAGCCAUUUUGCUUCUUUAUUCACAGACGCAAUAUAUGAUUUUGAGUUAUAGAUCUUUGCCGUUCCUCCUC